AUGGCGAUGCAGGUCCUAGCUGGCAAAAGCCAUCCGACGUUUUCAGAACUCGUCGGCAAGCACCUAGGCCGCGCCUCAACAGAUCUUCCGGGCAUCUCUUCGUCUCGAUUUUCCAAUGGGGAGACCAAUGUCGUGAUCGAGCGCUCAGUACGCGACGCUGACGUGUUCAUCAUCCAGACAGCAUCUGAACCUGUAAAUGACAUGCUGAUGGAGCUGAUCAUCGCCAUCAACGCAUGCAAAAUCGCUUCAGCAAGGAGAAUAACGGCUGUACUGCCGUGCUUUCCAUACGCGCGCCAGGAUAAGAAAGAUCGCAGUCGAGCGCCGAUUACGGCGAAAGUCGUGGCCAACAUGCUCGAGAGCGCCGGGUGUCACCAUGUCAUCACCAUGGAUCUCCACGCUUCACAGAUACAAGGUUUCUUUAACAUCCCUGUUGAUAAUCUUUUUGCCGAGACUGCCAUGAUCGACUACAUCAAACAAACCAUGUCGCUGGACGAUGUUGUUAUUGUGUCCCCAGAUGUCGGUGGCGCUCGACGGGCAGCUAUCAUGGCAGACAAGCUGCGAGUUGACCUAGCACUCAUCCACAAAGAGCGCAAGGUUGCCAAUCAGGUCAGUCGUAUGAUUCUGGUAGGCUCCGUGGCCGACAAAAGAGCCAUAAUCGUGGAUGACAUUGCGGACACCUGCGGUACCCUCGCUCUGGCAGCGUCGGUAUGUAUAGAGCAUGGCGCCCGCAGCUGUUCUGCCCUGGUCACACAUGCAUUUUUAUCCGGCGGAGCCAUAGGGAGGAUCACCGACAGUUCUCUCGACACUCUGGUUGUGGCCAACACGCUUCCUCUUUCCGAGGCUGCAAAGCAUUGCCCGAAGAUCCGCUCGUUGGACGUCAGUCCCAUCAUCGCAGAGGCCAUUCGACGCACGCACAACAGUGAAUCGUAA